GAGUUCCGGUCGUACGCUAGGCUCCGAGUCUGUGCUCGAGUUCGUUCCCGAACCAGUCGUGGGCUUCCCGGUCAGGUUGACCUUACAUGGUAUCAUAAGUGGGAUCUGAAGGCACCAACCACUUGAACCUCUGGAAUCAAGAACAUCUCCCACUGAUUCUCAUAUUCUGCCUGCUUCUACUUUUAAGGGCACUGGUUUUUACUUUGGGUCCACCCAGAUUUUUACUACCCUUGAAUGCACUCCUGAUAUGGAGAAGAUUGAAGAACAAUUUGCCAGCUUGAACAUUGUUAAACGUUCCUCAGAAACUAAAGAGCCUACUUACCUGCUUGGCAUAGACACGUCAAAGACUGUACAAACAGAAAAAGGAAGCUUGGUUGCUGUUUUAUGUUCUAAUGGAUCAAUCAGAAUAUAUGACAAAGAAAGGUUAAAUGUACUACGAGAAUUUAGAGGGUAUCCUGGACUUAAUGGAGUCAAGUUUGCGAAUUCCCGUGACAGUGUGUAUUCCUCAUGCACGGAUGGCACGGUUAAGUGUUGGGAUGCUCGACUGGCCAGUGGAAAACCUGUCCAGCUGUUCAAGGGUUACCCUUCCAAUACUUUUAUCAGUUUUGAUAUCAGCUCUAAUGAUCAUGUCAUUUGUGCUGGUACAGAAAAAGUUGAUGAUGAUGCACUGUUGGUAUUUUGGGAUGCAAGAAUUAAUUCUCAGGACUUGUCUACUGCCAAAGAGCCACUUGGUGCAUAUUCAGAGACACAUAGUGAUGAUAUCACUCAAGUAUGUUUUCAUCCCAGUAAUCCAAACAUGGUAGUCUCAGGAUCAACUGAUGGCCUGGUAAAUGUAUUUGAUAUUAGCGCGGAUAAUGAAGAUGAUGCACUGGUCACAACCUGUAACUCAGUUUCAUCAGUAAGCUUUAUUGGUUGGUCUGGGAAAGAUUAUAAACAGAUUUACUGCAUGACACAUGAUGAGGGAUUUUGUUGGUGGGAUCUUAAUCAUCUGGAUACAGAUGAACCAAUUACAUGUUUGAACAUUCCAGAUGUCAGAGAAGUAAUUAACGUGAAAGAAGGGAAUUUGGACUAUUUGAUUGGUGGCCUAUAUAAUGAAAAGAUGGACAAAUUGUUUGUUGUUGGAGGGACAAACACAGGAAUUAUUCACAUAAUGAGCUGUAUGACAUCAGGAUUGGUCCAUGUGACCAGCCUUCAAGGAGGGCAUGCUGCUACAGUCCGGUCCUUCUGUUGGAAUAUGCAGGAUGAUUCUUUGCUAACUGGAGGAGAAGACGCACAGUUGUUACUUUGGAAACCUGGAGCAGUAGAGAAGACAUUUACAAAGAAAGACAGCAUGAAAAUAGCAUCCUCUGUAUACCAGCGUGUUCGCGUUCACAGUAAUGAUUCUUAUAAGAGAAGGAAAAAGCAAUGAUGUUACAUCGGGCAUUUACUUGAUAAGUUUUAUAGUUGCAAAUGAUUAUUUCUGUGUACUACCUGUGGUAGACAUGUUAAAAGUUCAUAUAUAAAUAAAACAAGCCAGUUAGCAAACAAGAAA